AAAUCCCCAAAAAGAAAAUGCUUUCAUCAUCAUUCAACACUUUCACCUCACUCACACAUAAUCACUGUUUUUGCAGAGGUGCUCAGAACACAACAGUUUAGAAGCAUAUGCAGUGUACCCCCGGUAUUCGAUGGCAUCGGUAUUCGAUAAAUCCGGUAUUCGAUGCAUUUUAACGCAAAAAUUUUGCCUCAGUAUCCGAUCGAAAACCCAGUAUUCGAUGCGAUUCAUACGAGACGUGUCCACGUGUGGCCUGAACUGCCCCAUGUGUGCCAGUGUUUACAAGCCAGCCAGUGUGCGCGCAUCUAAGGAUACAUUAGGUACAUUCCAUAUUAUCACCGUUUUUGGUGCUUGUUUCUGCAAAAUAAGUCACCAUGGGCCCCAAGAAAGCUUCUAGUGCCAACCCUGUGGUAAAAAGGGUGAGAAUUAGUAUGGAAAUUAAGAAAGAUUUUGAAGGGUUUGGGGCUAACCCUGAGAAGCCUAUGCCAGUUGUGGAAUCCAUUGUGCCUUCUUCAAAAAUUAAGGAAAUGUGUGCACAGUGGGUUGAACUGCAAACCUUUAUGGAUGAAAAUCACCCUAACACAGCUAUUGCAAGCCGUGCUGGUGACUAUUACAAUGACAAUGUUGUGGCCCAUUUUAGACAAAUUGCAAAGGAAUGGGAGGUACAGAGCUCUAUGGACAGAUUUGUGCGACAGAGGUCCAGUGACUCUCAAGCUGGUCCUAGUGGCAUUAAAAGAAGGGAAGUAACCCCGGAAAAGGACUUGCUACCUCAAGUCCUAAUGGAAGGGGAUUUCCCUUCUAAACACUAACACCAUCCACACUCUCCCCUCCUCCCAUCCCAUCAAUCAUCACCAGAUCUUCAUUAAAGGUAAGUGUCAAUUAUUCUAUUGUUGUUAUUCUAUUGUUAUUGUUGUUAUUGUAAUUAUUCUAUUGCAUUAAACUUAAUAUUUCAUGUGGUAAAAUAUUUAUUUUUUUUUCAUAGUUUUGAGUGUCUUGCACGGAUUAAUUUGAUUUUCAUUAUUUCUUAUGGGGAAAAUUGAUUCGCUUUUCGAUAUUUUCAGUAUUCGAUGAGCUCUCAGGAACGGAUUAACCCGUAAACGGUCCAAACGUAUAUAUACGUUUUUUCAACAUUUGAAAAUAUGUAAAAAAGUAGAUCUUUUUGUUUUUUUACAUUUGAAAAUAUGUAAAAAAAAAUGUAGAUCUACUUUUGUAGCACUACACAUGUGAACGUAGAUCUGCUUGGACCAUUUACGGGUUAAUAUCGAAUACCGGGGGUCCACUGUACCUAUAAAGAUACACAACAUAUCCCUCCAAACUGCUAAUAUCCCGAACCCCUCCUUUAGAGUGCAGGCUUUGUACUUCCCAUUUCCAGGAUUCAAGUCCAGCUAUAUGAAAAUAACCGGUUUCCCUGAAUCCCUUCACUUAAUAUUACCCUGCUCACACUCCGACAGAUCGUCAGGUCCCAAAUACCAUUCGUCUCCAUUCACUCCUAUCUAACACGCUCACUAUCUCUAUUCUCCACUAUUCUCUAUUCUCUCUAUUGUCUAUUCUCUCUCUCUUUAUUCUCUCUUUAUUCUCUCUUUAUUCUCUCUUUAUUCUCUCUUUAUUCUCUUUAUUCUCUCUUUAUUCUCUCUUUAUUCUCUCUCUCUCUCUCUCUCUCUCUCUCUCUCUCUUCUCUCAAUUCUCUCUAUUCUCUAUUCUCUCUAUUCUCUAUUCUCUCUAUUCUCUCUAUUCUCUAUUCUCUCUCUUCUCUAUUCUCUCUCUUCUCUAUUCUCUCUCUUCUCUAUUCUCUCUCUCUUCUCUAUUCUCUCUCUCUUCUCUAUUCUCUCUAUUCUCUCUUUCUCCUCUAUUCUCUCUAUUCUCUAUUUUCUCUCUCUAUUCUCUCUAUUCUCUCUUCUCUCUAUUCUCUAUUCUCUCUAUUCUCUAUUCUCUCUCUCUCUCACCUUUUUUUAACUAUAAGAACAGUUUUGUAUCUGAAAUAUUUUUUGUGUGGCUUGGACAUAAUAAUGUAAGAAUAGAGGAGCACUGCAGCAGUCCCACUAGCUCAUGCUAGCAGUUUGCUCUUAUAAAUAACUCUUCUCAUUUUUUAUCGUAUGUUGCAUAUUUGAGUUCAUUUAAUAUGUUAUGAUCAAUUUUUUCCUUCCAUAUACCUAAGGGUUAUUUUAAAGUUGACUAUUGUCACAUACACGUUUCUCACUAUUUCAUUUACAGUAUGUGAUUUUACAGGGAAAAUUCUUAAAAUAAAAAUUUGGAAAACAAAAGUUGUAUUCUUUAAUCCUUUACCGGUAGUACAAUAACUUUAAGCCUAACCCCCCUCCCCCCCACACAAAAAUACAGAACUAGGAACUUGUAAAAUUACACCAGACAGCAGUAAUACUUUGCAUACCAACAUGCAAGGUAUCCUGAACAAUAGUACACUGGUUGCCCGUCUUGCAGUGUCUUGACUUCACACCAUGCACACUAACCAGCCAUUAUUAAUUUUAUUGUUAUAUCCUAGUUAUAUUACUGUAUUAGUACAUAUUCUCUAGACAUUGUAUUGUUGUACACAGCCCCAUUGAAGGCAGGUGAAAGUGCAGAUUUUAAAAUGUAGAGGGAAAGUUGACUUCCUGUAUCAUUUCAAACUUAAAAAUUAUUGGAAAUAUGAGGUCUUUCCAACUGUAGUCCCUGGAAUGCAGGUGAGAUAUAUUAUAGUUUACCCUUGAAAGAACAGAAGAGAUUAGCUUCAAAUUGGGACAUUAAAAUGAUCCCAAAUGAGGGCAAAAUGUGCAGCAGAAUGUAUAACGUACUCAUGAAAAGUGGGAAUGUAAUAAGUACUGUUAUUUUAAUAAAGGAUCCAAGACUUUUCAACCCUCCUUUCCAACCUUCAACACCUUGAUAUUACCACUUGGCUGCCCUUCUUUUAGAAAGCCGAGCCUUUAAUACAGAAAGACUGUGAUUCCUUUAAUACAAAGACAAUGAUUUCUUAACUGAAACUGACUAAUUACACCAUCUUUGACUUUCUUCUUGAGUACAUGAGCCCACCCUUCACGCUUCUGCCCACAGACCUCAGCCUCUCCCUCCCACCCCAUCCUCUACUAUGUUGCACUGCAUGAUCUAUAUGGUUUAACCUUUUAAUUAAAAGGGAAUUACCACCAGACCUCAAGAGAGAACUGACUAUCUUUCAAAACAUUCUUCAUUAGCCAAAUUAUGGUACCCAUCUUGGAUUGUAUUUCACAAGCACAAAUAGCCUGACUGACCAAAUUGUUAAGCAGGAGGCCUGGUCUUAGACCAAGCUGCAGAGGUAUAUAUGAUCACAGGAACCAUCAGCAUUCAAUCCUUUGCAAAAUAAGUAAUAAAAAUAAUUACAAGUUCCACAAUUACAGUUUAAUACAUUGAGCAAAUGGAGUGAUAAAUUAUGUAAUUUAAUGUAUUGGUAGAUAGGUACUAUGUAAUGGAAAUGUGAGAAAAUGGGAGACUAUGUGAAGAAUGUAUAAUAGAUCAUGUGACAAAAUUUUAAAAGUAUCAGAGAGAGAGAGAGAGAGAGAGAUCUAGGAGUCAGCAUAGGCAAUAGAGUGUCACAAGAAGAAAAGUUACAUGCCGUUAUGAGGAACAUAUGCAACAUUAUAUUUAACCAUAAGAUGUGAAAGAGGAAAUGCUAAAAAAAAAAAAAAAAAAGCUUACAUAGGUCAAAACUGGGUUACUCAGUAUUGGUGUGGCAUAUGUGCCUAAGAAAUCUCUAAGAUAAAAUAGAAAAAACAAAAAGAUAAACUACAAAAUAGCUGCCAGAGCUACAUAAAAAAAUGCGCUAAGCUUCAAAGAGCUGUAUAGUCCUUGGCUUAGCGCUUCUUUUUGAUUAUAAUAAUAAUAAUGUAUAGUCCUUGUGGCUUAGCGCUUCUUUUUGAUUAUAAUAAUAAUAAGCUUCAAAGAAAAGAAGAAAAUACUAAAAAUGUCCUUGUGGAAUGAUGAGACUAUAAAAGGAGAAAAAUCAUUUGGAAAGGUUUUUUAGCACCAACUAAAAGGAACGAGAGACCAGUUUUAAAAUGAGAAAAAAAAUUGAUGCAGGAAGAAUGCUGAAGGGUUUCUGUUUGGAGAGAGUAGUACAACAAUGGAAUUGAAUCUAGACCAAGGCAGUAAGUGCCAGAAAACAAAAUUAUCCUCUCAAGAGAGGUUCCUUGAUGCCAAUGAGCCCCACCAGCAUUUCUUCUGCAUCUGGUUUUUCAUCAUCCUCUUCUAACAGUUCAUUUAUAUCUUGCUCAUGUAUAUUAUCAAAGUACUCGUGUCACACCUGUCCUUGCCAGAAACACAGUUUCUUAGACAUGACACCUUACUGAGGGUAAAUCAGAAAUUAUUUACCACAAAAGGCCAUAAGUAGCUCCAAUCUGCAUUUAUAGUUGACUGGGGUACUUCAUUCCAUGAUACUUUUGAGUGGAUAAUUGCAGAAUCAGCAGGGGAACUUUUGACAGCAACGUGUUCAACUGAUGGACUCUCGCCACCAAACCUUAUGCUAUGAGGCUGAUUGUACUUUUUAAAAAUUUCAAACCAUUUAGUUUUUCUGAAAGACAUUUUUAGCAUGUCACAAUUGCUCUACUCCCUGCUGAAAAGCAAAUGCACAAUGCUAGAGACUUGCAUGUUGGAGCCAGAGGAGAGGUACAGCAAUUGGAGACAUUGUCACAGGUGGGCAGGACCUAUGACUGAAAGUAGGUUGUGGUAUGGCCCACCUGUAGCAAUGUCUUUAAUUGUUGCACCUCUUCUCUGGUUCCAGGUUCCAGUAUUUCUCCAUCCUCAUUUAUCUACUUUAGUUACAUUAGGGUUAAGGGACUGAACACCUUUCAUCAAGGCUGAGGGACUGAACACCUCAAAAUGAUCUCUCUACUUCUUCCACUGUUUCCAGUAUUCAGUAUAAUCUCUGUAUUGGAUUAAAAAAACCACUGGUGGGGAAAAUAUCAUGAGUGUAGAUAACCAGGUGGUGCAGUCUGAUUUUUUAUUUAGCUGCUUUCAGAUUGGCCAUUCAAGCAUGACACUGAUAAUUAUUUAAAAGAUAAGUUAUGAGCCACAGUACAGUACUGUAUGUUCAUGUCCUUACAUCCUAGGGAAAGAAUAGAUUUCAAAAGUUAUCGUUCAUUUUAUGUACUGUUCUUUAUGAAUACAAAAUUCCAUUAAUGGCAUUUUGUAUUCAUUCUAUAGAUGUGUUCCAAGUUGUGGUAGCUCUGUGAAGCUUAAAUCAUGCCAUCAACACUUAUUUCUCUAUAAUAGGAAUCUCUGUUAUAUUUUGCAAACCUCACAGUUCAGGUACAAAGAAUAUUCAUAUAUUUCACACAUGGAAUUACCAACAGGAGUCUGGAAUUGCAUACACCACUGGAAACCUGGACUAUAUUGAAAGUUUAGGCCUGUUUUAUGCUUAAAAUUGCCACUUCCACUUGUAUAUAAGCACAGUAUUAUAGAUUUGUGCAUUACAGUACAAUAAUUGUAAAGUCAGAGCAUCUGUUUAAUAAUGCUCUUAUUUUUCUAGGUCACCAGUGAAAAUUUAGAGUGAGCAGUACAACGCAAGUUUGUCCACCAUGGACAUCCCCUUACCGGAUGAGAUCCCCCUCCCACUUGGGUGUAGACCACCCAGAGGACCACCACCUCCUAUAGUACACAGAGGCAGUAUGCUAGUUCCACAUGCCAGACCACCUCGCAUCCUCUUACCCCCUGGUCCUCCACCCGAUAUGUCGGUGCCACCGCCCAUAUUCAGCAUACCACCUCCAGGUAUGUCGCCGUAUAUUACAACUCCACCUCCACGUCUGCCAGGACCACAGCCGUUACCACCCAUGUUCAACAGGAUGCCUGUGGAUAUCUUUCCUCCUGCUGUUGCCGAGAGGUACUCACCGAGCCGUGUAACGGCUGAUGAUGAUGAGAGAGAUCCACCACCAUCAUUUGCUGCAGUCGCUAGUACUGCUUCAAUUCCCACCCCAGUUACUCCUGUUUUAACUAGUACUGCUUCUGUUGCACCUAUUACUACUCAUUCUUCUACUACUGCUGGUGAUAUUAGUACUACUGUUAAUACUUCUGCUGCUUCUACUAUUACCUCCACUGCCAUUACACCUUCCAUUUCUUUACCAGUUGAUACUUCUCCUAUUACUGCUACUAGUACUACCACUGCUAGUACCACUAUGACUACUACUACUACUGUGACUGCUCCUUCUACCCCUGCAGCUACAUCAACUGCUUCUCCCUCUCCUCCUGCUGAUCCAUCAACACCUCUUACAAAGACUGGUGUGAAGACAAAUUUACCAAAGCUUUUGGGAAAACAAGAGGCCAAAAAAAGACUCUUGGCUUUUUCUGGAAGGGGAAAAAUGUCAUCAUUUUCUCUAGCAAAGACUACCAAGCCUUCUGCAAAGUCUGCUUUAGGAGAGGAGGAAGAGGGACCUGAUAAAAAAGAUAAGAAACCGGGAGCACAGAUAAAGAAGAAAAAGAAAGAAGAGAAAGUAUCUAUUAUCGAGCAAAUUCGGGAUGAAGAGUCACGACUUAAAGAAGCUCUUGGGUUGAAAAAUAUGCUGUUUAAUCCAUAUGGGCCUGGGUUGGCACCUGUUGCUAAACUCCUUGACAAUCCAGAGGAGUUAAAGAGGUUUGAAAUUAUGGGGAAGUCAGUGAAGCAGAAACUGGAAGAAUAUGAAGCACGACAAAUUGAGCGCUUCAGAUUGAAAGAAAAGAUAAUAAAUGACAAGUAUGAGUACAAAAAGAGAGAAAAAGAGAAGGCCAUUGAAAAAGAGAAAGAAAGAAUCAAAGCAAAAGAGAAAGAAAAAGAUAAGGAUAAAGAAAGAGAUAAGAAAAGUGAUUUACCAUCUGAGGAAAAGGAAGAUAAAGUUGAUGCAAGAGUUAUUAAGGAAGAAAUUAAGAAGAGGCCCAAGCAUGUUCCCAAGUCUUGGCAAGAAUUUAAGGCUGAAAAUUUUGAUUUUGAGCUUCUGAGGCAGGUUCGUCGAGAACAGUUCAGAAGGCGCAGCAGAUCCCGAAGCCGUGACAGGGACCGCAGACGGCGUAGCCGCAGUAUCAGUCGUGACAGGGGUAGAGGUGGGAGAGGUCAGGAAAAGUGGCCAAUGUAUGAAGAAAGUAGGAUGAUGUACCCAGUUAAAGCCUUGGCUUUAAACGGAAAGGAGAAAGAGUACCCAGCGCAGCUAAUACAUUACACCACCACAAAGCCGUCAAUUUCAUACAGUAUCAAUUCAAGCCGAUACAAGGCUCAUUAUUAUUCAAGAUACGAACUCAAAUGUAGAGAAUCUUCAGAGACAUGGGAGUUUUUGGACAACUUUUGGACCUCCAAACCACAGAUACCACCAGUGACUGAUAAAUUUACUAGCACUGUAGUCUCAAGGCCUUGGUUUGCUAAAUCAUGGAAUGCAGAAGAACUUCUACCUGAUACAGUUAUUGAUAAACAGGUUCAGGAAGUGGCUAUUGCCGCUACAAAGUCACGUUGGGAUUCAGAUAAUGAGGAAGUUGAGCACACUGUUCCUGAAAGUGUCAAGGUUGAAGAUGUGGCCGAACAAGAAGUGGAUCUGCAAGACGAACCUGAAAUAAAAUCAGAGCCACCCAUUGUUGCUGAAGAGGAAAUUUCUCUCUCUGAAAAUGAUGUGAACACCGUGAAGAGUGAAAAGUUACAAGAGCAAUCGGCAAAACCUUUCUCUGAAGAUUUAACAGAAGAGUAUGAGGCAUUCAUGCAAAUGCUUGAUGGAGGAAUGCCAGGGAAGGAAGAUGAAGAGAUCAAAGAAGAAGACAAUAUAUUAUCUCCUUUAAAUGAAGUUCAAGAGGAGGAAGAAGAAGAGUCUGAUGUAGCAAAUGAAGAAAAGGAGAGAUCUCUCAAUGAAGAUGAACUGGAAUUAGAAUUAGAAUCUGAAUCUGAUGUUCAUUCAGAUGAAAAGGAUGAUAAUGCAAGUCAGAAUUCAGAGGAGAGCUUUUUCUCUGAGAGAGAAACUGAGAAAAUUGAUGAAGAAGAUAUAAAAGAAGCAAAGUCAGAUGAAGAAGAGAAGAAAAAACAAGAAAAAUUAGAAAAGAAGAGGAAAAAACGUCUGAAAAAAGCCAAGAGAAAACAAAAGAAGGCCGAAAAGAAAGCAAAAAAGAAAGCCAAGAAAGAACUGAAGCGAAAGGAGAAGGAAAGAAAAAAGGCAGCCAAGAUGAGUGAGGAAGAAAGCGAUUCUGUUAAGUCUGAGGAGGAAAGUGACUCAUCAUUUGGUCGGUCCAAAGAGGAUGAAACUGAAGCAAUGUACGAGGAAGAGAGGAGAAGCAGCAACUACCGUGAGAGAGAUUUUGACAGGAGAGGACCGUUCCGAGACCGAGGCCGGGGAUGGAGAGGCAGAGCAAACUACAGGAAAUUUUAUUUUGAUGGAAGGAGGGGGGGUUUCCGUGGAAGACCAGGUGACUGGAGAUAUGGCUAUCGAGAGAGGGGAUACGACAGGAAAUUUGAACACGAGGAGUGGAGAGAAAAGGGAACCGAAAGGCGAGACUUUUUCAGAGGCAGAAGCUUCGAUAGAAAAGAGGACUAUGAAAACUUUAGAGAAUCAGGCCGUGAGAAAGGAAGUGAAAGAAGGGAGAGCACACGAGAAAGAGACUAUGAUAAAGACGAGGAAGAAUGGAGAGAUUCAUCACGGGAGAAAGGUGAAAGAAAGGAACCUGUUCGAGAUAGAGAAUUUGAUAAGAAAGAUUUUGAAGCCUGGAGGGAACUAGUCCGUGAAAAAGGACAUGAAAGAAGAGAGGCACUUAAAGAAAAGAGUUUUGGAAAGAAAGAUGUAGAGUGGAAAAAUAUGCUCCAUGAAAAAGAGAGUAAAAGAAAAGAGAAUGUUGAAGACAGUAGCUUUGAAAGAAAAGAUUCUGAUGAUGAGAGUGAUAGUGCUCAUGAAGAGAGAGAAAUAUUCAGUGAAGGAAAAUGUGAAGAAGAGGAGGAGGAGGAGGAGGAGGAUCAUGAUCAGAAAAGAAGGGGUUUUGAAAAAGAUUAUGAAGAUGAGGAUGAUAAUGAAGAUGAGGAUGAGGGUGAUAUUGCUGUUGCUCCUGCUCCUGCUGUUCACGAUGAUGAUAAUGACAGCCCUUCAUACACUCCUCCAAAACGCACAUCUGGCAGUGAAAUUGAAAUUGACUUAACAGCAGAAGAGGAUGAAACAGAAGAUAAGAAUAGUGGUACCUCAGAUGAUGACACAAGAGAAGAAUUAGAUUAUGGGGAAUUGGAAGAUAAAGAUGAUGAUGACGACGAUGAAGAGCCACCAUCUCCUGUUUCAUCACCAGAGUUACAUAUAGAGCCAGCUUAUGAAUCUUCAGAUGAAGAGAGUAAAGGAAAAUUUAAUUGCAAAAGGGAGAAAGAUAGAAUUAGUUGGGACCAAGAGGAGUCCAGUGGAAACACCAGUCACUCUUGGAGAUCAAGAGAAUCCUCUCCACAUUAUAGUCCAACAGUCCCAAGAGACUCUGUUAAAGAUGGAGAAUACAUUCAGAGUCCUAUAAGUGAUACCUCUGGUUGUUAUGAUCUCAGUCCAUCAUCCAGUCUGGAAUCAGAGCGUAACUCAAAAGAAUUAGGAGACUAUAAACCAAAGGUGGAUAAAGUUUUGUCUGAAUCACAUAGCACUAAAUAUAAUGAAAGCAAGAGAGCUACUUCUGAUGUGAUGAACUUUAAAUUAGAUGAUAUUCCAUAUCCACCAGCUGGUUCUGUAUCUGUUAAAGAUAGAGAUGAAAGUGUCGUUCAGAGAGAGAGUGAGCGAUACAGUCCUUCAAACAUGUCCAUGUCCCCCAGUCCACCAUCAUCAUCCUCACCUGUGUCACCCACUAGAUGUGGCUUACCCUUUGUGUCUAUCUCUCCACCAUCAUCUCCUACACCAGUUCCAUUUCCUGCCUCUAUUGAGAACAUCCCAAUACCCCCAUUGCCUGGGGCCCCAUCUACAAUUCAUUCUGCAGGUGUGCCUCAUCCAAAGAAAAUCCCAAUGCCUACAGCUGGUAUACCAUUGCCUUCAGUACCACCACCCAGUACUAGUUCCAGAACUCCUAGUAUUUCUUUGCUUUCUGUUCCACCACCUAGUGGAUUUUCAAUUUCAAAAAAGACUGCUUCAUCAUAUACAUUUUCAUCUUCGACUGAGCAGAAUAAACCUUUUCCAUUAUCUGUUCCACCUCCAGGAACAGAAACUGCAUCUUCUGCUAAUGUUCCAAUUGCAUCAGUAAAUAUGGGAGUGCAUGCAUCUCAGACUUCCAUUCCACCUACAAAACUGCCAUUUACUGCCCCACCACCCUCAGCACGUCCAGCUUUUAUUCCUCUGUCUGUUCCUCCUCCUUCAGUUCAAUUGUCAGUCCCACCAUCAUCAGUCCCUCCUCCAACAGUUCUCUCGAGGACUGCUCCCUUGCCAGUGGCAUCCCAGGCUGUUCCUCCUUGCUCAGAUGCUUCUCUUUCAGCUCCUUCAGGACUUUCAGUAGAAUCUCCUGUGUCAAAUUCCCCACCUUCUCAAGAAAAGCCUCUUCCUCCUGUAGUAGUGCUCUCGCCAACAGCAGUUCCAGUACCUAUUCUGGAUGAAGAUAAAGAUGCUAACUCUCUUAAAGCUGAAGAAACUAACAGUGAAAAAUCUCCUAGUGAAGAUAAAGAAGAAGCAGUUACUUCGAACCAAGUGAUAACAAGAUGGAUUGAGAAGAGUACCGAAGAAGAUCAAGUCCAGGAUACCAAAUAUGAAGAGUCUUUAAUAAAAAGUUCCAGAUCAGUACCAAUUACAUUUAGAUUGGGUGCUUCUAAGCAGAGCACUGUAAAACGUCUACAGAAGGGGCUGUUGCCUGAAUUUCUUCAUGAAGAAGAGGAGGAGGAAUGCUUAAAAGCAAAACCUUCAGAAGAAGAGGGUGACAAUGUUGAAGAGGCCUCUGAUAAUGUAUCAGAGUCCUGUGAGCCUCGAAAGCUGUCUUUGCCAGUCUCAAAAAUGUGGGAGUCUUCAACUGAUGAACACACAGAGGAUCGGAAGAUAAUUAAAGGGGAUGAUUCACCACAAAUGUCAUCAUCCUCUUCUAAAAGCAGAGUUCGAAGAUCUAGGUCACGAUCCCCUCGAAAAAUUCGCUCCUCACAAAAAAGCAGAUCUCCACAAAGAAGAAGAUCCCCCCAUAAAAGCAGUUCUCCAUUAAGAGACAGGCCAUCUCCAAGAGGACAGUCUCAUGAAAAAAGUAAAUCUCCAAAAAGUAAUAGAACAUUAGUGAAGAGUAAAUCACCCCAGAGAAGUCCAUCUCCAAGAAGGAGCAGGACACCCUUGAGGAGUAAAUCUCCAAAGAGAAGUAGAUCACCUCGAAGAUCCAGAGACUCAAGGUCCAGUAGUUGGUCUCCAAGAAGGAUAGUAAGUCGGAGAUCUCCUGAAAGGAAAAGAAAAAUGUCACCGGAAUACAAAAGACAGCGUGGCAGUCCAGAAAGGGGGAAAAAUAAGGAACCUGCAGGCCCUCGUAGAUCAAACCGAGGUCUUCGUGAAACUAAGUCUCCAAUUCAUUCAUCUGGAACAAGGCCAGGGAGGGAGAAGCGCUCACCCAAACGUUUUCAGAGUCCUAGCCCUGUGCCUGUUAGGGAUGAUAGAAUAGGACCACACUUUUCUAGUCCUGACUCAAGGCAUAGCAGAAGUCCAGAUAAAGUUAGAACUUUCAUUCAUGGACCAAGAACCCCCGAAAGAACUGGAAAGGACGGGCUUGAGAGAUCACCCAGGCGACAUUUUGCUUCACCUCUUCGUGAAGGAGGGUACCAUGGGGAUCACAGUGGAGAGAGGCUAGUCAAGAGAACUCCUGAAAGAUCACCAUCUCCAGGAAUGCGAAUGGAUCAGAGGUUGUAUUCAAGUCCUCAGGGUCAUAUGAUGAGACAGGAGUAUAGGCUAAGCUGCAGCCCUGACUCCAGGAGCCCAGAUGGACGACUAAUUCGCCAUCAUAGUCCUACUCAUAGAAGUGCUCUCUGGAGCCCCGAAAGACAGCGUCAUCAGAGCCCAGGCUGGAGAAGUCCUCAUUAUAGGAGUCCUGAGCACCGUUCACAGUACUCUCCAGGGAGAGACCAACGAAGUCCUCAGCGACGCUGGAGUCCUCAUAGAUCACCACUCAGGUCUCCACGAAGGUUGUCACAUCACAGGUCACCUCGCAGAUCACCUCAUAGGUCACCUAUUCGAAGAUCUCCAUCGAGUAGGUCACCCCUUCGUAGAUCUCCCUCAAGCAGGUCUCCAAUACGCAGAUCACCACUGAGAAGAUCUCCCCUAAGAAGGUCUCCUACAAGGAGAUCUCCAAUAAGGAGAUCUCCAUUAAGAAGGUCUCCCAUUAGGAGAUCACCAUUGAGGAGAUCUCCCAUAAGAAGGUCUCCUUUGAGAAGAUCCCCUAUUCGAAGGUCACCUCUACGUAGAUCACCCCCACGUAGAUCUCCCCGAAGAUCACCAAGAAGAUCUCCACGAAGGUCCCCUCGGCGAUCACCACGCAGAUCUCCUCGAAGAUCUCUUUCACCUGCUAAUGAUGACUUUGAUUAUGAACGUCACGAAAGGGGUUGGAAUAACUGGGACUGGGAACGAGAAAGAGAGUCUGAACAAGAGCCAGAGCAUAAGGACCAUGAGCGCUGGUCUGAACGUGCUCAUAGUCCAAGAAGCAAAGCUCCAAUAGAACCGUACUACAAACAGCACAGCAAAAGUUCAAAUCGUAGUGAAGGUACAAUUAAAAUUGAUGCUGACUCAACGAUUAGUGAUUCCGAGCUUACCAGAAGAGAGCAGUAUGGCCGUGCCACUAGAGAUUCAUCUUCCUCUCCCAGAGAUUCACCCAGACGACUCUCACUUGACGAGCGACUUCAACAGGAACAUGGAGUGGAUGUUGAAGAGGAACGGCAGAAGCAGAUACAACAACAACAUCCACAGCCACACGUAUAUAACUGGGGCUACCAAGCACGUCCUGUCCAGGUGCACCAGUUCCACUAUGCCUAUGAUGGUGGUGAGGGAGGCAGUGUGGGGAGUGAGGGUGGGAGUAGUGAGGGAGCAUCAAGAGUCAUCCAGGUGGGCAACAUGCUGCAAGUGCUCCCACAGGAUCCUUCAGCUCCAGUGACACAUUCACCCAUGAUUGUGCAGACGGGUAAUGUUAUUCAGGUGGUGCCAGCAGAGAAUAUGCCAAUGCUUGGGGCAGAAGUGGUACCAGGUAUCCCGGUGUCUAAUAGUGGAGUGGUGGGAAUGAGCAGUGUAAUGCAAGUAGUUGCAGGAGGUGUAGUAGGGAUGCCUGGCUCAUCGCCAGCUCCAGUACAGGCUCCAGUUGCUCCUUCUCCUACCUCUUUGUUGGCAUCACCCAGUGAAAUGUCCCCCAUUGCUAGGUCCUCCGUCCUGUCUUCUCUAUCUUCAGCAGUUCCAGUGCCUGUCCCUGCCUCUAUAAGUUCACCAGUUGCAACUCAAGUGGCUUCUGUUGCCUCAUUAACUUCACCCACCACAGAGCUCUCAAAUACUCUUGCUGGUGCAACGUCAUCCAUACUUUCUCUGUCGUCUUCUGCCCACGCUGCAGGACUGCCAGUCGCACGAAUAAUCUCUCUCUUACAGCAGCAAAUGCCAAGCAUCGGUGAAACUAUGAUAGAUCCAGAGGUUGCUGCUGCAGCUAAAGAAAAGGAGAAGCAAGAAAGACGAGAAAGGAAAGAGAAACGGAGGCGUGAAAGGGAAGCCCGACGGGAGCUGAGACAGAGAGAGCGUGAACGUCUUCUGUUACUACAGCAACAGCAGCAGCAGCAGCAGCAGCAGCAACAGCAAGAGGAAGAGGAGAAACAAUCUUCAGAUACUGAAGAUGAAGUUCUCAUAAGGGAGGCUAUGUCUGAAGUUCCAGUGAUAGGAUCUCCUGUACCAGAGUACGAAGUUAUUGGGGAUGAUGACGAUGAUGAUGACGACGAUGAUGAAAAUGGUGCAAGGAAGAAACGUCGCUUGCCUCCUGUCCCUCUUCCUCCUCCUGAUAAGGGCAUCUUAAUGAGUCCAACAUACAGGUACCGAGAGGAUUAUCAACCAAAGGCAGUCAAAUUUGCUGAUGGCAUUUUGCCGGGAGAAGGCACAUCUCCCUCAGGAGGGGAGGAGAUACAUUCUCCACCUCCACCUACUGUCAAACAUAAAGAGAAAAAACUGCGCAAAAAACGGAAAGUUAAGGUCAAGAUUAUUAAACUGUAUAACAAAGAUGACAACAGUGAAAACUCGCCUCCACCACCGCCACCAGGGUCACCACCACCUCUAGCAGCACUGAAACUUUAUCCUGGCUACACUCAUUAUAACUAUACAGCACCAGGAACGGCUGUCAUAUACACUCAACAGCCACAACAAUAUGCCUACAUCUCAGGGCAAGCCCAUGGAGCAGUGACUGUUCCAGGUGGUAUGGUACUCCAACAGGGAAUUGGAAAUCAGUCAGGUGUUUUCCACUACCCUGGAUAUGUCUAUACAACUGUCUAUUCCCCUGGCCAACAGCUGCAAUAUGUUCUUCCAACUCAACUGACAUCUGAAGCAGCUGUUUCUGCUAAAAAAAUGACCAAGAAUUAAAUGGCAUGUAUUUUAUGUAAAGAAGUAAGAGUUCAUAUGAAUUUGUUAGUUAAUUUGAAGUUAGCUUAUAGUUUAUGAAACUGCAGGAUGAAUUAUAGUAGAACCACAAGAUAAAUUAUGAUAAUAGAGUUUUUAUAAAAAUGUUAGGUAUAUAUAUAUAUAUAUAUCUGGCAUAUAUAACUCACUGGUAUUAAACAAGGUUAAGAAAAAUGCAUUUACAGAGGAAAUGCAAGGGAUACAAAUUUAUUUGGUUGUAAUUUUUUCAGCCAGUAUAAGCACAUACUAAUUUCUCAGAACAGUACUGGACACCUUCAUAAUCCCUACCUCAGUGAAAUAAUUAAUCAACCAUACUAGCAAUAUAAAAAUUUAAUGUUCACCCUAACUCUCAAUAUUUCAUAGAUCUUUACUUCAGUAUAAGUAUAGCUCUCUCCAAGCACUGUAGUCCAGGCACAUUCUGUUGAAUUCCUCUUGAUGUAAUUCUCUAACUCUUGUCCUGUAUAAAAUAAUCUGGUUUCAAUGACAUACUUCAAAAGGAGGCCUUUAUUAGUAUAACAUUUCACUUAACAUGAGGCCUUAUAUAGGUGAAACAUUGUACAAAUAGUCUCUCUUUUGUUUUAUGUCUUUAUAACUACACUUAUCGGCUACACCAUACAUAAAGUAAUGUCUCAGACUUUGUUAGAUAGCAAGAACUCAGAUUCUUCUUUGACUAGGCAUCCAUAAAGUAAUAGUUUAUUGUAAAACAACAAUAUAGUAAUAUGUUAUCUUUGAGGAAAAAUUUAUGUUUUGUUACCUGACCAUGACUUUCUAUUACAUAUUACUAAAAAACAAACAUGAUCUGCAACACAAAUAAAUUUUAAGCAAAUCCAAGGCUCUGCAACAAACAAAUUGAAUUACUGUUGAAGUAUUUAUUACUAAUUAGAGAAAAAAGCAUUGAGAACACAGAUAACCUUAGAGCUCAGUAUUGAACCCAAAAUCUAAAAAGUUUCAGAUUUCUCAGAAAAUAAACAACACUGCUGUUGUAUCUCAGAAUUUCAGAGUAGGAUUGCAUGAAGUCAGUUGAUGGUAUUUUUUGUGGUAUAUUAGGUGACUGAUUCUUGCAUGGGGACACCAUGUGUGAUUGGCAUCUGUGGGAUUUGAUACUUUUUCUUUAAGUUUCUAAAGCUUUAGUCACUAAAUAGAACAAUGUGAGGGGUUUACUAUUUUCUAGUAUUAAGAGUUUGAGACCUUUGUAUCUUAAUUUAUUUGUGGUAUACUAGCAUAGUAAAAUCAUUUCUGUUUGAUAUACAGCAGAUACAGUAUUGUGAUGUAUUGAAAGUUAUACAUUCUUCUUGGAAAAUUAGGUUGAUUGUUUUAAAAAUGAUGUACUGGAAGGUUCUUAAGUACAGUUAGCUCUCUUACCAAGCUCCUUUAUAUAGUGUGAUUUUCUGUAAAUGAGAUGAAAAACUACAUCCAAAGUUUAACAGCACUUAGAAAGGCCUUCACAGUAUGUGCUGUUUAAGUUUGGAUGCACUUCUUCAGUUGCAUUUACAAAAAAUCACUGUAUAUAUAUAUAUAUAUAUAUAUAUAUAUAUAUAUUAUAUAUAUAUAUAUAUAUAUAUAUAUAUAUAUAUAUAUAUAUAUAUAUAUAUAUAUAUAUAUAUAUAUAUAGGAGAGCUUACUGUUGUAGUAGAAGGACAUUGAAUCAUAAUUCUUGACACAGUGCACUGUGGCAUAGUCACAGAUCACAGCUAAUUGAAUAGUUCAACACAAUUCGAAACAGUCCACUAUGUUGUGUAGUUUCUGAGUGCCUUAAUCUUAAAAAUCUUUACAACAUAAAUUAAAUUUAAGGAAAAUUUGUUUGAGUACAUAAUGAAAAUCAGAAGACUAUGAAAAAAAAAAAAAAAAGGUAGGUUGACAGAAUUGGACAUCCAGUGAAGGUGUCUAUAUUUUGACACUUCAUACAUUGCUGUUGGUGAAAUACCCUUUCUCUGGUAGUCCCAGAAAUUGAAAAUUUGUGUGGUGUUUGUAAUGUUUAACUAGUUUUAAUGUUUGUUCAUCAACAUUGAGCCCAUAAGGGUUUAGCAUUUUUUUUGUGAGUAUAAUCAUUUUCAGCAUUGCUAGAUGGUGUACUUUUUUAGUGAAAAUUUCAGUGAUAAAAAAUGAUAAAGAUGAGGCACUCAUAUUUACUUGUUACAGAAAUUGGAUGGAUUUAAUCUCUAUUGUUUCCUUGCCAAUGCACUUUUAAUAUGUGAAGACACUGGCUUUUAUGGUCACCACAUUUUGUUAUUCAACAGACUUUAUAAAACUUUCAUGAAAUUAUUUCCAAAUUAAAACUAUUUUUAGGGAUAAUUUAUCAUGAAGACAUGAAAUCUGUUUUCUACAAAAUGUUAAUGAUUUCAGAGCUUUUCUAACAUGGCUGGGGGGGGGGGGGAGUGCUAGGUCUUGAUCUCCCUACAUAACUUUUCUCUGGCUGAUGUGAUCAAGCACUGUCAUCACUAUUUUUGAACCCCUGUAAUGUCUUAAGAGCCUUCACUGUGGCAUUGCUCAGCUCAUUCCACUUCUUGAAUAAUCUUAUGUUGAAGAAAUAGUUUCCAGUCAUGCACCCUUGCACUUGUUUCAUACAUAGUAGAGAGCUUAUCUUUACUUACCCUGUCAUAAUCAUAUUCCCUUUUGUUCUUUUCUGCAGUGACACAAGAUUUAGUUCAUAACGAAAGCCCUUGACUUCAGCAUCAGUCUUAAUAUACAGUGGACCCCCGGCAUACGAUAUUAUUUCAUUCCAGAAGUAUGUUGAGGUGCCAUUACUGAACGAAUUUGUUCCCAUAAGGAAUAUUGUGAAUUAGAUUAGUCCAUUUCAGAUCCCCAAACAUACACGUACAAAUGCACUUACAUAAUUGGUCGCAUUGGGAGCUGAUCGUAAAGCAGGGGUCCACUGUAUAUGUUUUGUAUUCUAUUUUCACUUUUGUUAGUAGAGGGUUCCAUACUAGGAAUGCAUACUCAAAAAUUGAUUGAACAUACGAGAUAAAAAUGGUUUUGAAUUAAUUUUUGUCCAGGUUCUUAAAUGCCGCUCUAACGUUUGAGAGUUUAGCUAUGUUGCUGAUACUAAUCAGUUUGUGUGUAUUUCAGGUUAAAAAAAAUUUACCCUGUACUUCAAAGUCCAUUGGCUUCCCCACCUUGUAGACCUCUCCAAAACUUUUUUUUUUAUUCUCAGCCAAGUUUGCUCAUAGUGACAAAUAUUCUCUCGUGAAUUUUUUUUUCCUAUCCCUCACCAGUUUUACAUUGUACAAACUCUUCCUGCAUUACCUUAUUUUUCCCUUCCCCUUCAAGGAAGUGCCAUUAAUCUCAGAAGAGCUACCUUCUUUUUCCUUGAAUAGAACCUGAUUACCUUCCAUUUCCCAGUUGCAGUAUGGCCUCUACAAUAGGUUUUGCAUUUCUACAUUAAAAAAAUAAUUUAUAUCUGUCCUGCACUUAUUUUUUUGUAGCCAUAAACCUCUUUUGCACUCAUUGGUAUCCAAACCACAACACCUCAACCUUACCUUUUAACACCAUUUUUUUUUUUUAUAUCUCGCCUUUCUUUUGUAGGUUCCCCAUUGUCAUUUAUCCUUUGCGUUUAUAACUUUCAUUUGUCUCACUGACCUAUUUUUUUUUGACACUAUUGUUCUGCUUACACACACACACAAGGGCCCUGACUUAUGAAGUUCUGAGUGACUGCAAUUCAUGCUUAAAACAUCAGCACUUUAUCCUUUACGAAUAAGUGACUAGCACCUCCAACGGUUGGGACUAUUUACUUACUAAGCAACAUCUUUUGUGGUGAGCAAGACAGGAUCAGCAUUCAAGGUAAAUACUGUUAAAUAUUUUAUUUAAUAUGUACAUAUUGGAGAAGUUUUGUUGUGCUGUAUUUGUAAUUAAAAAACAUAUUGAGGGUUAAAAUAUUGUAUGAAAGAUCAUGGGGGGGAUAACUGAAAUUUGUUACACUGAAUUAAGGCUUGCAAAUUCAUUGCUCCAUUUUACAUUGUUUAUUUGAAAAUAGGUACUGAAUACCAAACAUUAGACUUAGGAUGAAUUUUUUUUUAGGGGGGGGGAAUGUAUUAAUGUUGGGGCCCCACUAUGUAUAUGUAGGAGGAAAAGGAGUUUUCUGCCAUUGACUAUUUUUUCAAAUCCUUCAUAUCCUUAUUUUUUGCAUUUGCACCAUUUUUAUGAAAUGUGGAAAUGAUAAUGUAUUCAGAACAAGUAAAAGAAUUUAAAAUUUUGUUAGAUACCAAUGAUUUGCACUGCAAAAUAGCUAUUUGGUACUACUGACUUCAUUUAUUAAAAGUAUAACAAAUAUUUUCACUCAAAAAAAUUGACUACCAGUUUCUGUGAUCAAUAUUUUUUUUAUUAUUAUUAUUUACUGUCACACUUGACAGGAUGUUUAACAUUUUUUAAUUGCCUAUUGCCUAUUUGAGUAUGCAAAGGGUUAUGCUAAAUAGUUUUAGGUCUUCAGUGUGUCCUUGUUCAGGUCAUUCCACAUCUUUAACAGCUGUACGAGUUUUACAAUUCAUGUCCUGCCAUUCUCUUAUUAUGUCUGGUGAACGAUUUGAGUAAAUGAACUCAAGACUUGCAAAACUAAAAAUGCAUUUCCAAAAGAAGGUAUUUGUAGUUAGAAAAUAUGCUUACAAGGAGGAUACCAAUUUAAGCAUACACAUUCUUAAAAGUAAAUGAAGUACAGUACUACGAGACUGUAAAUAUGUGUGUAGGAAAUUUUCUUGGCUGUUAACGAUAUUCAUUGUACAAUUUGUUACCUCCAAGUGUAUUGCACAGUGACAACUGGAGUCCAUUAAAUUGAAGCACAUUGCUAUCGUUAGUAAAAUUAAUUUUUCAUUGUUGGGGAAAAUUUUCAGGAUUUCAUGUAUAUAUAUAUAAUGUGAAUGGUAUUGAUUUUCUAGUAUACUGUGAUGCUGUAUAAACUUAGUUCUUAAAAUAGUUUUGAAUGUAUUUAUACUGUAGGUGUCCAAAAUUAAUGAUGCAUUUAUAGUAGAAAAAAAUUCAUACAAGCUAGUAAAAGUUAUGAAGAAAAAAAGUUCAACUUGUGAUUUUUUUGUUACCUAUGUAGUACAUUUGAAUGUUAUCAGUCAGCACUUGAUCAGAUUUAUAAAUUAAAUAAUCAGCAAGUGACCAACUAACUGUUCAUCUCAGACAAGCUUAAUAAGUCUUUCAUAACAUUUUUAUGAGAAACAAACUAAUCACAUUGAAUAUGAGAGUACAAGGAAAAUGUUGACUCAUUUGCAAAGCUGAGAGAGCAUAAUUCAGGAAAUUCUUUGGAGUCUCAGUACUUCAAAUUGGGUGCCAUAAUGCUGGUGAAGGGUCCUUGAUCCAAAGAAUUUGAGCUACCAUUCAUUUUCUUGAAUAAAACCUGAUUACCUCCCAUUCUCAGGUGCUAUAACCCUUGCAGGUUUAGCACUUUCCACAAUUAAAGUCCUGGACCAGCCUUCUACUGAUGCAUAGGUAAUAUAAAUAAAGAAAAAAAAAAGGCACAAUACCCAAAUAACUUGCACGUAGAAAGAAACUCGACUACGUUUCAGUCCAACUCGAACCGAAAUGUCAUAAAUUUCUUUCUCCUAUGUACGGGUUAUUUCUAUAUGAAUACCCUUAUAAACCAGCUUGCUCCUUCAUCUUUACAAACUAUUCUUGGAACAAUCUGAUAUUUUAUAAAAUGUGUGUGUUGAGUUUUCAUCUUAAUCCAGCUGAUGGAAAUUAGUUCUAAAUGAAGCACCUUGGAUGUAUAUUUUUAUCACUUAAAUAUUUUGUUGAAAGAUUACUCACCUUAUAAUUUUUGCAAUAAUAAAAUUAGAUAAACAAAUAUUUGGCUCUUUUGAAUAUACAAUAUUUGUUGGUUAAUAUUAUAUUAGGAAUAGUGUGGAUGUUCAAAACCACAUAAGCAAAAACUUAUCCUAAAACAAUGUAAAUAUGAGCUUGAGCACAUGACUGCUACAAUAAAAGUUACUGUUGGCAA